AUGUGCGGUAGCGAUGACAGUUUCGAAGAUUUCGUCGCUGACAGCCAAAUGCCGACGUCUUCGGUCAGAAGACCGAGAGAAACCGAAGAGAGUGAAGUCGCGUGCUCACAGAGACCAGAUGCCGCUCAUGACACAAUGGUUGAAGAUCUAGACGACGAUGUGAAGCCAGUACGCGAUGAAGUAGACGAUGUUAUCAAAAUUCUGGUGGCCACUGACAUUCACUGCGGUUAUGGAGAGAAUAAACCGAAUAUCCAUAUGGACGCCGUGAACACCUUCGAAGAAGUGCUUCAAAUCGCGACCGAACAAAAAGUGGAUAUGGUUCUACUGGGUGGUGAUCUCUAUCAUGAGAAUAAUCCGUCGAGAGAGUGUCAGCACAGAGUGACACAGCUUCUCCGAAAAUAUUGUUUGAAUGAGAAUCCGAUUUCGUUGGAAUUUCUCUCCGACGCAUCGGUGAAUUUCAACCAAAGUGUGUUCGAUCAUGUGAACUAUUACGAUCAGAAUCUGAACGUCGGUCUACCGAUAUUCACAAUUCAUGGAAAUCAUGAUGAUCUUUCUGGAAAAGGUCUCACCGCUCUAGAUCUUCUGCAUGAAGCAGGUCUGGUGAACUUGUUUGGAAAGCAUGAGAGCAUUCAGGAAUUCCUGAUUUCACCAAUUUUAUUGCGGAAAGGAGAGACUCGUCUAGCUCUUUACGGUCUCGGUAGUCAACGAGAUGACCGUCUUGUGAGAGCAUUUAAAGACGAAAAUAUCACUUUUCUCCGUCCAAACGCUGGCGCAGAGGACUGGUUCAAUCUAUUCGUUCUUCAUCAGAAUCGCCCACGUCGUGCGAUGCAUCGAUCCACCGGAAACUAUCUUCCAGAGUCUCUCAUCCCUCAAUUCUUCGAUUUAUUGGUUUGGGGACACGAACACGAGUGUAAACCCGAUCCGCAGUAUGUCGCUGCGUCGGAAGCCGUCGGAGAUGGAUUCUAUAUUCUACAGCCCGGAUCUACGGUGGCCACGUCGUUGACGCCGGAGGAGGCGUUGCAGAAGAAUGUGUUCUUGAUAAAGAUUAAGGGCCGCAAAUUCGCCUCGAAACCGAUCCCACUCCAAACUGUCCGUCCAAUGAUCUGUGAUGAGUUGCUUCUCGACAAAAUCCCGCCAGGAUGCCGUCCGGCGACCAAAUUAGACCGUCCGAGAAACCGAGACGGUCGAUAUAUCGAUGAGAUGGCAAUCGAAGCGAAACUAAACGAAAUGAUUUCGAGAGCAAAGGCGAAACGAGGUCCACGACAACCAGAACUCCCGUUGAUUCGUCUGAAAGUGAUCUACGAUGGCGAAUGGCUCAAUAUCACUCCUGCAAACGCGAAACGAAUCGGUCUCCGUUAUGAGAAUACGGUGGCGAAUGCGGUGGAUAUGGUGACGAUUAAGAAGAAUGUAUCGAGUGAAGCACGAGCGAGAAGACAGCGGGGACAACAGAAUAACGAGUUGGCCGAUGAGUUGGGACAUGUUUCCGCCGCCAAUUUGCAGACAAUGAUCAAUGACUACUUCACCCAUCAACCUCUCGACGAUCAGAUGACCGUUCUGAAACCGUUUGGAAUCGGAAAAGCGCUCGACCAAUACUCUGAAAUCGAAGAGGGCGGUACGGCGGCUUCAGCCAACCGCAAUUUCGAUAAUUGCCUUCUGGCCCAAAUCGGUGUCGUUCGAAACACACUGAAGAAGAUGCCUUUGCCUCCUAUAGAGAGUCUGUCGGAUAUGGAAAGUUUCAGGGAUUUGAUUGAAAAGGACUUGUUUGAGCUGAAAAAAGCGGAUUGUGAGAGACCCGUUACAGCUCCAGAAGGGGAAGAAGACGACGAUGACGAGCGACAAUUCUAUAUGCCUCAGAGACCUCAGAGAUUUGAUGAACAAGAAGAAGAGGACGACGAUGAGCCGAUGAAUUCUGAUGAUGAGCCAGUCAGCACGUCUACGGCGAAACCGACACGUGGAAGAGGGAGAGGAUCGAGAGGCGGAGCGACACGUGGCACUCGUGGAAAGACAGCGAGAGCAGCUCCGACGAGAGCUCAAGUCGAAUCAGAUGAUGAUGGAUUCGUUGUGCUCGAUGAUUCUAAUUCUCCGCCUCCACCUACAAGAGCCACGAGAGGAAGAGGGCGUGCGAAGGCUACUACUACUACUACAAGAAAACGAGAUAUGAGCUUCUUCUAA